GGUCUUUGAAAUGAAUCCUAAGUUUCAGAUUAACUAAAGAGUUAUUUCAUCGGAUAAUAGUUGACUGAGAAUGUAUGUGAACCCUUUUAGAAGGAAAAGAGGUACUUCAGGAAGCAGUGGAAGUAGUUCUGUUAGUCUUAAAAUAGAUGAAACUAGAAGCAUUGGAUCAAACCACAGUGAGGAUCAGGAGUCGACUUCAGGAGAGAAGACAUCAUGCAAACGGGUUCUAGCUGCUGUAUCAUCAUCAGUAUCCUCAUCAAACACUCCAGAUCGAUCAAAUAUGAGUUUUAGACUCGGGCAAGGAAUGAUUCCAGGUUCUAUAAAGAGCAAGAAUAUCUGGGAUGAAGACGACGAUGCUUUCUUACUCCAAGAUCAACAACCCAGUGUUCUAUUUACCCCUGAAGAUCGGAUUCUAAAGCAGAAAGUGACGAUUAGCCAGGAAGCUAACACAGGACGAAUACUGGAGCAGGAUAUGGCGACAAAGCUCAAGCAAAGACAGGAGAUGUUGAGGAUCCAGAGGAUGAAGCUGGAGAAGGAAGAGGCUCAAAUCAAGCAG